CGGCGGACCCUUCCUGCGGAUGGACGGUCCGUCAACAGCUGGCGGCCCGAGGGUGACGCGUAGGCCCGGGAGCGUCGAACAUGGACGACCACGGCCUGGAGGAGUUCCGCCGGCACUGGCAGGAGGAAUUGCAGUCACAGGCGCUGAGGCGGCGGCGGCGGCCCGACGCCGGGGCGCGGUGGCCGCGGAGGCCCGAGGCGGGGGCGCGCGGUGAGCAGGCCUCGGGGUACAUGGCGCUGGCGCAGGGUCUGCUGGAGGGCGCGGGCCGACCCCCGGCGCCCAGGCCCGGACGGGCGGACAGGAGGGACGGGACCAGCCGCUCUCGCUCACCGCCCGACCGCGACGCCGUGGAGCCCGAGCCGCUGGUGGACCAGCUCAUCCGCGACCUGAAUGAGAUGGAAGAGGUGCCCUUCUUCGACGUGCAGCUGCCUUAUGAACUGGCAAUCAAUAUAUUCCAGUACCUGAACAGAAGAGAACUGGGUCGGUGUGCUCAGGUGAGCAAGACAUGGAAGGUGAUCGCUGAAGACGAGGUGCUGUGGUACCGGCUGUGUCAGCAGGAGGGGCACCUUUCCAAGAACAGCAUCUCUGACUACACCUGCUGGAAGCUCAUCAUGCAGGAGUGUCUCGCCAAGGAGCAUAUGUUAAGAACCAACUGGAAGAAUCGAAAAGGUGCUGUGAGCGAGCUGGAGCACGUUCCCGAUGCCGUUUUGUGUGACGUGCGCUCUCAUGACGGUGUUGUCAUCGCAGGAUACACUUCAGGGGACGUAAGGGUGUGGGACACCCGCACCUGGGACUAUGUGGCCCCCUUCCUGGAAUCUGAGUCUGAGGAGGAGGAGCCUGGAAUGCAGCCAUAUGUCUCCUUUGUGAGGAUCAACAGCUCACUGGCAGUGGCGGCUUACGAGGAUGGGGUUCUUAACAUCUGGGACCUGAGGACCGGGAAGUUCCCUAUCCAUCGUUUUGAGCAUGAUGCAAGAAUCCAGGCCCUUGCACUCAGCCGGGAAAAGGCCAUAGUCGCCACUGCUUCCGCUUUUGAUGUUGUGAUGAUGUACCCUAACGAGGAGGGGCGAUGGCGUAUAGCUUCGGAAUUCGAGGUUCAGAAACUGGUUGACUACCUGGAAAUAGUCCCGAAUACUGGAAGGUACCCCGUGGCAAUAGCCACAGCUGGGGACCUGGUGUACCUGCUGAAGGCCGAGGACUCAGCCAGAACCCUCCAUUAUGUCUACGGCCAGCCUGCCACAUGUCUGGAUGUCUCAGCCACCCAAGCUGCCUUUGGGGUGAAGAGUCUGGGAUGGGUGUAUGAAGGGAACAAGAUCCUGGUGUAUAGCCUGGAAGCAGAGCGCUGCCUCUCGAAGCUCGGCAAUGCACUUGGUGACUUCACCUGUGUCAACCUCCGGGACAGCCCUCCCAACAUCAUGGUCAGCGGUAACAUGGACAGGAGAGUCCGUCUCCAUGACCUCCGCAGCGACAAAAUCGCCCUGUCACUGUCUGCCCAUCAGCUGGGGGUUUCUGCAGUUCAGAUGGAUGACUGGAAGAUUGUCAGUGGAGGAGAGGAGGGGCUGGUGUGUGUGUGGGAUUACCGCAUGAACCAGAAGCUGUGGGAGGUACACUCCAGGCACCCUGUGCGCUACAUCUCCUUCAAUAGCCACAGCCUCAUCACCGCCAACGUGCCCUACGAGAAGGUGGUGCGGAACGCUGACCUGGACAACUUUGCCUGUCACAGGAGACAUCGUGGCCUGAUCCAUGCCUAUGAGUUUGCAGUGGACCAGCUGGCCUUCCAGAGCGCUCUUCCUGUCUGCCGCUUACCCUAUGACACCAUGGCUGGGUACAGCUAUGACCUAGCACUGUCUUUCCCCUAGGACAGUGUCUAGGGCGUCACCUCAUGGAGAAGUUUUACAAAUUCUCAUGGCCAGUUUUACAAAUGUUAGAACUAUAGGGAAGCUGCAGCACAGAGUGGAAGUUUGGGGACAGUGCCCCCCCCCACCCAGGUGGCCUAUGGCCACAUAGCCUUGCUGCCUCUGGUGCCACUUAUACAGAGUCUGCUCCCACCCUAGGGCUUUGGGAGCCAUGCGGAUGACUCUGAAUUAGCCUUUCCCAAAGCACUCCUCCACCGCAGCCUGUGACAGGAGGGAGACCCCUCCCUCCAGCACACGCUAGUCUCCUGUGUGUGGUGCUGAGGAUGGAGUCCGAGCGCCCGGCCUCCUGUCCCCACACCUGUCCAGCCCCUUACCUGUGAGGACCUUUUCACUUGCUCUGUCCAGGAAGGGGCCACUCCGUGGGGUUCCUGAGCCUGGCUGGUGGCAUUUCUUCCCCCAGCAGCCUCAGUCAGUGCUCUUGAGACACACUCGGCCUGCAGGAUGGCAGGGCAGCUCCACACCCAGGGGCCCGGAGACCCAGUCAGUGAGAACAUUUGAGCACAGACACUCGGAGCUCUGCAGAAUUCCUGUAGACCAGGCACCUAACACCUGGACAGAGACCAGCACACUCCACAGUGGGUCUGCAGAGGACUCAAGUGUGGUUGGGGGGAGCCACCAAGGUGGCUAAAUUUUCUUUAAGAAGGUGCUAGAGGGUUGAGAGGGCUUCCACCUUCAGCGGGAGGGAGUCAGAGCCACCUGGGAGCAGCAUCUGCCCCUCCACAGCCACACAGGGUCUCUGUUUCCCAGUGCUGGGGAUGGAACCCGGCUGGGGCCUCACGUCUGUGCCCGGCAAGUGCUCUGCCACGGAGACACCUGCUGUUGAGGCAUGCAGGGUUCUCAGCUGGAGACAUUCAGAGAGCUCAGACGUCCGUCCCGCUGUCUAGCAGUAUGGGUGGGCACACAGAGCCAGCUGAGACUGAGCAAGGCCUGUAGGCCCCUCCCUCCCAGAGUGCCGGCGGGUGCCAGCUCACCUCCCUCAUGCUGCGCUGAUGGCCCCUGCUGGCCCGGCUUUGCCAGGCCGGCAGCCGGGCCACAGGGGAAAUGUAACUUCGUGGUCAGCACCAUGAAAGAAAGGCCAUGGAAGAGCUUUGAGAGCAGUGGCAGAGGUGACAGGAAUGAAGACAGAUAGGGCAGCUUCAAGCACACCCUGCCCCCGCCCCCGCCCCCCUAGGAAAAGCACCUGGGCUUCUUGGAGACACAGUUUGUCACACCGUAGCAAAGCUUCCCAGAGAUCUGUCCCCAUGGACUUCUGGGGUUGCUGCCGCUUGCACCUGCUAGCAGGGUGGGGGACAAGUGGCCUCCCUUAGCUGCCGGGGAACCAGAGGGGACACAUACCCCCAGCUUCCCUUUUGCCUUACGCGGCCAUGUCUGCUCUGUUAUUAAAGGUUCUGGACUCGC